AUGGCUCACAAAGCUUGUGCGUAUGUCGCGGUCGCGCUUUGCGUCCUCCUAGUCCAGUCAGCCGGGCAGGCUCAUGCUCAAGAGUCGAGUCCGAAUCAAACGCAAGAAGAGCAGCAGGUCGGGAUUUUCUACGGGAUUGGUCAAUCUUUUCAAGUGUCUCAACUCGUGUCGCUGAUACCUGCGAGAAUCCGCUCGAUGGCAUCUUGCGUGCAAAGGGUAGGAUCGGGCCACGAAGUGAAGGAACUUCGCGACGAAGUUAGCUACAUGAUCGAGUUGCUGCAGAAAAACUCGGCAACCGGCCCGGUUAUGAACGAAAUGGAAAUGAUUUUCACGGACUCGACCCAAGCCUUGAUGGCAUUGCCAAACGUAGCUCGCAAGCCAUAUUCUGAACUGACACUCGAUGACCUCCUGGUCCUUCGCGAUGCCGCGUUCAAUUUAGUGGUUCUUCCGAUACGUCUCAACAGACUCCGGGAUUCCCUCAUGUUGGCCUUGACCAACACGGAUCUCUACGGAAGUGAAUUCUCGUCAGAAAUCCGCAAACAUCUAGGGAGCCAGUUGAGCGUGGCAGCGAGAAUCGGACAAGAGGUCUUCCGAUGCAGGGGAUCGAGUCUGGCGGUUGCUACCACGACCGCAGCCGCCCCCGCCAUUACGCAAAGACCGAGGUCAACCCAGGCGGAGAUCGACGACGAAGACGGUGACGUUUUCGACUUCUAA